UCACCUAAAGUAUUAGUUUGUGUGGUGGUGUAGUGAGCGAGGGCUGGUGUGGCAUGCGUAUAUACAAUGAAAGGGGUUUUCAUAUACUACGUUGGUCCUCUACAGGAAUCUUUGACUUAUAAUUCCUCGCAAAUCCCAAUCAAUGUUGAUGGGAUUAUCAGUGACAUUUUAAGAUGAUUGUUUACAGACUGAUAACCCGGGACAUAUUAUAUUUACGUUGGGAAUACGUCUCGUAGUUUAUUAGCCAAAAAGGCGCAGACGUUCCGUAUGAGAUAUAGCCCCCCCGGAAGACUCCGUAGUGAAGAAUUACAGUCACAUGUUAUGCAAGGCGAGAAGACGUGUUUAUGAGUUUUUGGAGUUAUUUUAGAUUGAAACAAGAUUGAUAACGUGCACGCGUGUUGUUGUGGACCUGCUCCUCAGUGAAGUGUAAACAUUGUAUUCUGUGACUUCUCCGGUUAAACAUGGGAUACAUUUUGUGUUAUAUUUUGUGGUAAUGUGAUGGCGUGUUUAUCACGAAGCAUAUGCUGCCGAUGUCACGGCGUUGCACGGUGUCACCCGGCGAACAUGAUUUAAAUGUCUGUGAAUACAUCAACAUACAUAUCGUCUAUGUUCCAGGUAUCGACAGGUUACAUGACAAACUGAACAGUCAGAGGAUGUGAGAUUUUCUCCCGUCAGUUUAUUGACUAGAUUCUUUAAGACGUCAAGUGGUGUUUUGUGGUUGAUAAGCAGGGAUAUAUUACACCAUGGUUUAUCUGAAAGAACACUUCAAGGAGAACAGACCUAUGUUUAACAACCCGGAGUGGUUCGUGUGUUAAUAUUGACAGUCUGGAGCACGCAUAAACGUUUUCAACAGUUUUAAAACUUCUAAUAAAUAAAGACAUUCAUCGGGGAAGUGUAGACGGAGAUAUCACGUGAAAAGUUUAAAUGUUGAACGGAUCAACAAAGGAGGUCUUUACGACAGAUGAGUGAAUCGUUUAGUGAAAGGUUGAGAUCACUUUAACAGAGAGAAGUUUUUUGAGAAGUGACACUGGUUGUUUUUGUGUGCUCUGUUUGAUAUUGCAUGGAUGGCUAUUUUAAAUAGUUUAUCACGGUGAGAUGUUUAACUUGUCGACACUGACAGUGGCUUAUACAUACAAGCAUUAACUCCAGUACCGGUAUAUACAUGCCAACAAAUAUGCUUUGAUCGGUAUUCACCAGACGGUGUUAUUCACAAGGGAGGAACACAUUGUAAUGACUUUUCAAUAUACCAUAAUGGCUUUCAUUCAACGGGGAUACAAUUCAAUACAGGAAUUUAGGGAGGUAAUGUGAAAAAUUCCUGUGGUGGAACAUACAAGGGACAAUGGCGGGAAGAACACACAGAUCUAUAGUGUCAACAAAAUAUGGUGACAGGCCUCUUAUUGACGUUCCACCUAUUUCGUUCCCGCAACGUGUUUCGUAUCAACAAACUAUUCAAAACCCAAGAUAUCAAAUGGGGAAUCUAGCAGACGAUCUAAAUCUCCCGCCAAACGCACACCAGACAGUGACGCCCAUGUAUCCUCAGCAGAAUCAUGCGCAACCAUCAUAUGGCUUCAGACCGAAUUUAAAUCCUUACGGGAAUGUUAUACAGAAUUCCAACGUUAUUCCGUACCAAAGUGCACCGGUACCUUCCUAUCCAUAUCAAAAUGGCGGUCCUUCGGCCUAUCAACAACCGUACCAAAAUGAAGGUUAUCCUUCUACCAAUCAGGGAUUACAGGGUCCGUCAGGCGAAACCCAUCACUUUUACGGUCCACACGGAGAGAGAAUCCCUGCACCAAUUCUCAAUAAUAAUUUUGGUUUCCAUAACCAGAUGCGUUACCCGACCAACUUUAAGAUGAAAGGUAAACUUAAACGUGGCCAAAUGACAUCGAUUGAGGUUGUGGAAUCUAACAUUUCUUAUAGAGAUUUACCAGAUGUUGUGAUCAAAGACCUUAAACGUUUGUACGGGCAUAUUGACAAAGCGGAUGUGACAAUUAUAGCUGAAAGCGGUGAAUAUCAUAUAUAUGCAACACCUAAACAAAAUGGGGUACCUCAGGUCAAUCCAGGUUACAACUACGAGAGGCGCAGCCGCGGGGGAUCAAACACGGCCGACCACUUCACGAAGAAGUACCACCAAACUGAUGACGUAAUGUACAAAUUUGAUCCAACCGCAAAGACGUACUACGUUGAUCCUCGGUCAUACUCCGUGGCCAGUGAGGGCAGACGACCUCGCGAAUACAAGGUAACGGAGGAGCCCAGGCUCCCAGUACCUAAACCAGUCAGAAGAGACUUUUAAUUCAAAUUUAGCGCCAAAAAAUAUGCUUAUAUUUCAUUUUGUACACAAUAUUCCUUCUGGUGAAUCCUGAACGCCACUGGAUACAGUUUGGAAAAUAAACCUGUAAUUACAUGUAGAAGUUGCUAUGUACUCGGUUUAAAGUUCAUUGAAAUAAUACUUGUAAUCAAAGAUUAAGAUUUAAACUAACAAAAUUUGGGUUUUCUUUCGGGCUGGAUUUAAAUGAUGUAUCAUGCAUGUUUUAAGUAACUACAGUAGCUGUAUUUUACAUGAAGGUAAAUAGAAAUAUGUUUUUUCUAACAAUUAUAAAUGGUAGUUUCCAUUUAAGUUUGGAAGAAACGAUUUUGAGACAUGCAUUAAAUGAACUUGUUAAGUAUAUGUUCGUCUAAUUCUAUGCAAUACGUAUGUGUUGUUUUCACGUCAGAUGGCCAAGUUUAAUGUGCGACCGAAGCGUAUGAGUUAGAUUAUUGAGUCCACGCAAAACAAAUACAAUAUUUGUGGAAUUAACUCCUUCUACUGAGGACAUAUCAUGUUGUAUGCAUAAUACAAUUUCAAAGAUUUUAACGAAUAAUGUUUAAUUUGCUGCGUUUAUUUUACUUUUCCAAAAAACCGAACGAAACAACGUCAUGAAUAGAAUAACGUCAACAUAGUUAUAAUGUAAACAUAUUUAUAAUGUCAACAUAGUUAUAACGUCAGCAUAGUUAUAAUGUAAACAUAGUUAUAACGUCAACAUAGUUAUAAUGUCAACUAAUUUAUAAUGUCAACUUAGUUAUAACGUCAGCAUAGUUAUAAUGUCAACAUAGUUAUAAUGUAAACAUAGUUAUAAUGUCAACAUAUUUAUAAUGUCAACAUAGUUAUAAUGUAAACAUAGUUAUAACGUCAACAAAGUUAUAAUGUCAACAAAGUUAUAAUGUCAACUAAUUUAUAAUGUCAACUUAUUUGAAAUUCUGUAAUCAUUCACUUCAUCUGCUUGUAUUUUACUUCGUAGCAAAUGGACUUAUCAUGGCAAUAAUCUAAAUCAUGUAACUUUACAUCUGCUAAGAGCCGUACCAUGGACCAUUGACCUCCAAGUCUGACGCUCUACCAAACGAGAUAAAGAGAAAUUCUCUCUAGUCGAGUCGGUGGAAAGCAUAGAGUGUUUAGCCAGGUGGAGACAUAUAAUGCAUCAAUGUGCACCCUCGAUACUCCAGGGGUUACACUCACUUUUGCUUUUUGUACCCCUUGAAUAUGUCAUAGCAAAAUGGAAGGCUCAGUAUGCGCCACCUUGUUGAUGAGACUAGAAGACUAGUCCAAUCAUUUGAUGUACGUCAAAAGAAUCUCGCGGUCGCUUAACGGUAAAAAUGAAUGGCUUUGAAGUCGGG